UCACCAGCUGAUACCGCUCUGCCACUUGCCAUUGCCACUCUGACACUCGCUCGCGCGCGAUCGUCAUGAACCCGUGAACCGGUGUCAGAGGUAACAGUUCCGUGUACAGUAUUCCAUCAGUAUUUCUAUUUAUUACAUUUAGUUAUGUUUAAUUUCUAAGCGUCCACCUGAGAUAUAAAAUUUCAAAAAUGACGGAAAAGAAGAAACCGGAGGAGGCGAAAUGGUCGGAGAUGGGAGUGCGGGAAAAGGCUAGGUAUCUGUUCCAGAACACCACAGUGGAGCCGAUGUUGGCCUGCUACGUGAUUCCUAGUGUGCUGGCCUCCUUGGCCACCCAGAACUUGAACCUGGAGAAGGCCUGUCGGGUGAACCUGCGCUACCCGGACGAAGUCUGCGACGCAUUGGAGGCGCGUCAGACGGCAAACUAUACCAUGGAGGAGAUGCAGGUCCAACAGCUGGUAGCCGGUAUGUCCAUCUGGAAAACUCUCCUGCAGAGCUCCGUGCCUGCGGUGCUUAUCAUGUUCCUCGGCUCCUGGUCGGACCGUCGCCGGCGAAGGAAGCCCUGUAUGUUGAUGCCCAUAGUCGGCGAGUUCCUCACCAGUAUCGGCCUCAUCCUGUGUACUUACUUCUUCUACGAGCUGCCCAUGGAGGUAUGCGGUGCUACCGAGGCGCUGUUUCCAGCCAUCACCGGCGGCUGGAUGACGAUGUUCAUGGCCAUCUUCAGCUAUAUCGGUGACAUCACCACCACCGAGAACCGCACCCUCAGGAUCGGCGUCGUCAACGUCUUCUGCUCCGUCGGAAUCCCCAUAGGCACCGCACUCUCUGGAGUACUCUACAAGGAGAUCGGAUUCUACGGCGUGUUCUCUUUGGCCGCGUGCAUCUACGUCUUCUCCUUUACCUAUGGUCUUCUGCGGAUCGAGGAGCCCCGUGGACCCUCCGUGCAGUACGUUUACCCCUCCGAGCCCGUCAUUAUAACAGAAAAGCCCAAGAUCCAGAAUGGGGGCGGAGGUGUAGGCAAGCCACUGGAGAAGAGAGUGUUCAAAGGGCUUGGCUUUCUGAAAGACUUCUUUGAUAUGCAGCACAUAAAGGAUACUCUGGACGUAGCAUUCAAGGAGGGCGCCAACAACCGUCGCAAGCGGGUCAUCCUGCUGAUGAUCGUGGUCAUGGUGGUCAUGGGUCCAAUGCAUGGCGAGAUGACUGUCAUGUACCUAUUUACAAGGUACAGGUUCAACUGGAACGAAGUUGACUACAGCAUAUUCUCAACGUACAGUAUGAUGACUAACCUGAUCGGUACUCUAGUCUCGGUUGGUGUGUUCAGCCACAUGCUGAAAAUCGAUGACGCUCUGAUUGGUGUUAUGAGUUGCAUGAGUAAAAUCCUAGCCGGAUUUGUCUACGCCUACGCCACCACAGACUUCCAAAUAUACUUAGCUCCUCUUGUGGAAAUAGUCAAUGGCACGUCCUUCAUCGCCAUGAGGUCCAUAGUGUCGAAGCUGGUGCCUCCUGAAGAGCUAGGCAAGGUAAAUUCUCUGUUCGGUGUCUGUGAAGCCCUCAUGCCUCUGGUCUAUGGACCCAUGUACUCCGCAGUGUAUGCUGCCACCAUGAACACGAUGCCUGGGGCCUUCUUCCUACUUGGAGGAGCUCUCACCUUCCCCGCCGUUAUCAUUUUUGGAUGGAUGUACACGGAACAUAGAAAGGAUCGUCUUAGAGCAGAGCUUGCCGUUACAUCAGGGACGAACCCUGCAGCCAAGGGGGUGGAGCCCGAAACCCGUGCGGCCAAGAGGGCAGAAGCCCUUAGAAAGGCUAAAGUGGACUCAAUUGCGACUACCCCCUCUAGACUGGAAGGGGUAGUUACUCCUGCGCCCCCCAGCGCUGGGGGACUCGACAACCCAGGUUUCCAGGAAGAAGAGUUACCCCCCUCCCAAAAACCUGGGGCCCUGUGAUAUUUUUUAUGGUUUUGUGAUUUUAACCGAAUUAUUCUUUGUCUUAAGCCCACAAGGGCGUUGUAUAUAUUAAAUAUAUUUUUAUUUAAGUUAA